AGAACGCGACUGUGUCCAUUGAUUGAGCUGGAUAUCUUCGUAAUGCAGAAUUUGGUUUAUUGACCACAAAUGUGUGGAAAAUAAAGCCAAACCGGUGUGCGUAUUUGAGCUACUAGUGUAAUAAAGGUGCACAUAAAAGGCGGCGAGCUGGCGCAGGUAGCAGGUUGCCAGUGGACCAUGAGAGAAAGUGGCGGAAGCCUGGCGCAGAACCGCUGGCAGGGGGAACUCUCUCUGACUGUGAGCCAGGAAGCCAGCAGUGUUGGAGGCAUGGGAGGUGGUCUAAUGGAUCCCAACUCCCCUCCCAAUGCCACCAGCCCCAUACACCUCAAACUAGGUCACAAGGAAAGGGUAUGGACUGGUGAGUACAUAGAACCAAUAGAGGUUGAUGAAGACAUUGGAGUUGAUGAGAACCUUGAAGAUUUGGAAGAGGACGAAGAAUCAGAUGACCAAGAGAUCGAUUCUGAAUGUGCUCUAUGGGAGGAGAAGCAGGAACUGGAAGACUGGCAAAGGCCAUUUGAAUCACAACUGCAGAUCAUGCAUGUUGACAGUUUUCGACACCAGGGGCCAUCACAUGAUGGGGAUGCCGAAUUACAAGUCAGAGACUUUCCAGAGCAUCCAGUACAGGUACGGCUUCAUGGGCUAAGAGAGCAAAGAUUAAAGCGUUGGCGGAGGUUGCGGUCUAGUGCGAGGUUACGAAACCGGCUUGUGCAGAAUUGGAAAACGUGGAGACAGAGAGCACAAUGGGUUGGCAGUUUAGGGUAUCGACGGGCAAGGAGGUGGCGCCAGUAUAGCCUUUACACCACCAAGAAACGAGAACAGGGGUGUAACAACCUGGGCUCAUUACAGUUAGGUUUGGAGACAACAAGUUGCAGACAAAACGAAAACCAAUUCCACAGUUAUAAUGGCUAUCAUGGGGAUACUCUGUCAAAUUUAGCGGUCUGUGGAGGACGGGAAUAUCAAUCUAUGCCGGAGAAGCCUGCCUCUCAGAGGAUGGAGUUGGCCCUUACAGAAGAACACAGGACUUGUGUCCAAGGUCUUCUUGAUGAAUAUCUCCAAAAGUAUGGAAGUCUGAUUCCUGUACAUUCAGAUGAUAUUGUUGAGGAACUGGAGAACAUCUUCAAUGAGGACUUUUCCCAGCCUCACAGGAAAAUAGUUGUGCAACAUGUAAUUCAGUCCUAUCAGAGGUCACCAGGCACCGCCAUGGUUAAAGGGUUCAGAGUGAAUUACAAGCGCCAUGUUCUCACAAUGGAUGAUCUUUCAACUCUAUAUGGACAGAACUGGCUCAAUGACCAGGUCAUGAACAUGUACGGAGAUCUUGUGAUGGAUUCAGUGCCUGAAAAGGUGCACUUUUUCAACAGUUUCUUUUAUGACAAAUUAAGGACCAAAGGUUAUGAUGGAGUGAAACGGUGGACCAAGAAUGUGGACAUCUUCCAGAAGGAUCUACUGUUGAUUCCUAUCCAUUUAGAAGUGCACUGGUCGCUAGUUUCAGUGGAUAUAAAACAGCGCUCAAUCACAUACUUCGAUUCCCAGCGAACUCUUAAUCGCCGCUGCCCCAAGCAUAUUUCUAAGUACCUACAAGCAGAGGCCAUUAUUAAAGAGCAGAGAGACUUUCUCACAGGAUGGAAAGGCUUUUUUAAAAUGAACGUAGGCAGACAGAACAAUGACAGUGACUGCGGAGCAUUUGUCCUGCAGUAUUGCAAAUGUCUCGCAUUGGGUCAACCAUUCAGCUUCAGUCAACAUGACAUGCCCAAGCUGAGAAGACUUAUGUACAAAGAACUGUGUCAUUGCAAACUCUCAUUAUGAUAUUUGUGUAACAUCAAGAAAAGAAAAUGCUCCGAAGAUGGAUGAGGGAGGAGCACGCUUAGGUCCUCUGUGGCGUUGCUAACUCUUUGUGCCCUGGAGAGGGGGGCCAGCCUACAAAUUCUGUUAGAGUCCUGUGAAAUCUAGUGACGGCUAUGAUUCAAUGGAGCAUUUUGUUUUGAAGAUUCUCUGUGCAUAAAUAUGUUACCAAUCUCCUAAUCAAACGUUCUGGCAUUAGAGGAAAUGUGAUGUAACAGAAUGAUCAUGUAUGCUGUUUUUGUUUAUAAAUAAAUCUU